ACCAGCAAGGAAAGAUCAGUCAAUCAAAUCCAAGAUCCAGAUACAAGAGAAGGAGAAUCUUAAUCCAGAUUGUGUCAAGGCUGAAAACAACCCGAAGGAAAGGGGAGGAGGGCAGGAGCAGAGUGGUCUCUUGAGAUAGAUCCUGGCAACAACGUAAGACCAAACAAUUUCCUUCAGCCCUUACUGCAUGCAUCCGUCCCUGGGGAUAUGCACCGAAGAAUAUCCGAGAGAGAGCAUGCACCACAUUCUGCUUUGCCUUUCAAGGUCAUAGUCCACAUUUUUGCAUCCGAUCCUGCCUAGCUGUUCAUAAUGGAGACGCCCCUUGAGAAAGCCCUGGCUACCUUGGUGUACACCUUCCACAAAUAUUCCGGGAAGGAAGGAGACAAAUUUACCCUCAGCAAGAUGGAGCUGAAGGAACUGGUGAAGAAGGAGCUUGCUUUGGGAGAGAAGAUGAAAGACAGUGGAAUCGACAAGCUCAUGGGGACUUUGGACAAGAACAACGACGACGAGAUCGACUUCAAGGAGUACACAGGCUUUCUCUCCGCCCUCUGCAUGACUUACAAUGAUUUUUUCCAGCAAGAUGCCAAAUAGAGGAAGAUCAUGCCAUCAGCUCAGGGCCUGCAUCAUCAAGACGCAGCUUUAAAUAAAGA